AUGGCACCCUCCGCUAUCGAUCUUGAGACCCCUGUACAGGACUCCAUCAAACAGAAGACUGUGUUCGGAAACGAGCCUCUGAAAUCGUCUGGCUCUCUCGACCAAUGGAAAUCGGUUGACCUCACCCCCGUUAUUGGUACCGAGUAUCCCGAGGCAAAUCUCGUCGAGUGGUUGAAUGCUCCCAAUGCCGACCAGCUCCUUCGCGAUCUCGCCAUCAAAAUCUCGGAGCGCGGCGUCGUCUUCUUCAGGAAGCAGGACAAUCUCACCAACGAUAUCCAGAAGCAGCUCAUUCAGCGACUCGGCGAGCUGACCGGAAAACCUGCGACUUCCAAAUUGCAUAUCCAUCCUGUCCUAAACUCAGAGAGGGAUCUGGGAGGUGAUGACCCGGAGAUCAGCACCAUCAGCUCGGUGCAGCACGAGAAGUAUUAUAAGAAGACACCAUACGACCAGAGCCAGAAGAAGCAGAGCAGUGCGCAGUGGCAUAGCGAUAUCGCAUUCGAGCCAGUUCCUGCGGAUUACACCUCCCUUCGACUGAUUCAAUUGCCUCGCACCGGAGGAGAUACUCUAUGGGCCUCGGGGUAUGAGAUCUAUGAUCGCAUCAGUGAGCCGUAUCAGAAAUUUCUCGAAACGUUGACUGCCACCUUCGCUCAACCUGCGUUCAACGAAGUUGCCGAGAAAGGAGGCUUCCAGCUCUAUACCAAAGAAAGAGGCGCACCGGAGAAUGUCGGAGGCGAACUAAAGGCCGUCCAUCCCGUGGUUCGAACCAACCCGGUGACCGGAUGGAAGAGCAUUUUCCCCGUGGGCGGCCACGUCCGCCACAUCAACGGCUUGACUGAGCAGGAGAGCAAGAAUCUCCUGGAAUGGUUCUUGGACCUCGUCUACAAGAACCACGACCUUCAGGUCCGGUUCAAAUGGGAGAAUUCCAACGACAUCGCUAUCUGGGACAACCGCAGCGUGUUCCACUCUGCGACCUUUGACUAUCGUGGUGAAGGAGACCGCUUUGGAAACAGGGCCGUUGGUUUGGGCGAACGACCCUACUUUGAUCCCAACAGUACCUCGAGGAGGGCGGCGCUGGGGACACUAGAGAAGUAG